CUAGUGUCUGCCACACGUACAACAGUGAGAAAUGUGUAAAAAACAACUUUUAUUUCUCAUAUUGGUCUGGUCUGUCAAAGUUGUCUAUGGUAGAAAAUAUGGCCAAGACUUGGUAUAUCAGCACAGUGAACCAGUAAGACAGCGGUUGUCAGAAAUACGGAAGGUACUUGUGCCACAGCCGCAGGACCAAUGGGACCAUCUCUUACGCCACUUGGCCACAUUCGUGGUACCCAUCCACGCUGCAUCAGAUGUAUGCCGCAAUCACAGUCAACAUCUGCUGAAAAGUUUUCUUGACCAGGAGAUUUGGGCUUAUAGAAUGGUAGAUGCCAGCAGCAAAAUACAGUCUGGAAUUUUGGACGGCAAUCUCCAAAACUUGGGUAAUUAUGCGCAAUGUGUGAGCGUUUACGAACCCAACAAGCUGUUCAGGGGGCAGCAUUGUGUCUUUGAAACUACAGGCUUCCUCCCUCCUGAGAUAUUUGAUGAGAUAAGUCGAAAGCCAUUGCCUUUUAUUGACUCAGAAUUGAUGAUUUCCCUCUGUGUUCCGUCGUCUUGUUCAGACCUAGAUGUCAUCACACAUAUCAACCACAUUCUGGCUCCUCUGGGAGUUAGCGCAAAGUCUUAUCUAGAAGAACUCAGUUUGUCAACUGAUAUCAAACAAAUCAGCUGUUCUACACCACAAGGAAUCCCUUUCAGGACAAAAGACUAUGUUGCUAUAUUUUUAUUUGCCUUGAUCGCAGCACUGGUUCUUCUUGCCUCAUUAUUAAGGUCUCAAUCAGGCUGGUUAUCGUGCUUUACUUUCCAAACAAACUUCCGAGAACUAAUGGACACAACAGCGACCCCAGCUGAAAUCUCUUGUUUGAACGGUCUGCGAGUUCUAUUGGCUAUUUUAAUAAUAUCUGGGCAUCGAGCAUUCCUAAUUUGGGUUUCACCAACCAACCGUCUUCUCACCAUAGUAGAGGUGCUAGGAUCGGUCUUUCCGGUAGUGUUCUUUGAUUUACUAAAAGCCAAAGGUGUUGACCUAUUUUUCCUCAUCGGUGGAUGUGUUCUAAGCUUCAAUUUCUUUUUAAGAAAUCAGAAAAUGAAAAAGUUUGAUUAUUUCAACUUCUGCCUAAAAAGAUACUUCAGACUGACACCGUUGUUGGCAGCAGUGAUGCUGUUCCACGCUACACUGUUGGUACACAUGUCUCAUGGGCCACUGUGGUUGCGGAAUAUUGCCGAGUUUGAGGACAAAUGCUACGUAAACUGGUGGGCCGGCUUACUGCACAUCAGCGGUUUGGUUGUCCCACAAUACAUGUGUGUUGGCGAAAGCUGGCAUGUCGCUUGUGAUUUCAUGUUUCACUGUUUUGCUCCAAUUUCACUUCUUCUUCUCCUCCGCAAACCACAACUUGGAUUUGUCUCAAUUGCGUUUUGUUCUCUCCUAUCCAUUGCACUGACAACAGCUGCUGCUCUUUAUUUUGGAUUCUCUUCAGGAUAUUUCUAUGGCAUUAUGUUUGGAGACAGAUUAACCGAUCUUCACAUUCCUAUUUUUUACCGAGGGGCUGUUUUCAGAGCAUCUACAUUCUUCAUGGGUCUUUUCUUAGGAUAUAUAAUGUUUUGCGUUAAACAGAGGAAAGCUCAAUACACUUUAUCCAAGCAAUCAGCUUGGAUCGGAUGGAUACUUUGUUUGACAACGUUUGCUGCUCUCACUGCAGUAACAUUUGAGGUGUUGUCACCUGAUCAUGAGUUUAUGCCACUGUUAGACCCGCUAUACCUGGCCUUCUCCCGCAUUGUGUUUUGUGCCUGUUUUUCCUGGUUUAUCUUUGCAUGCUACUAUGGGGCAGGAGGUUCAGUCAAUGAGUUUCUCUCCUGGUCAGGUUUUCAUGUGAUUGCCAAACUUGGCUACGGCGCUUACCAUGUGCAUAGCAGCCUUCAAGUCAUUCAAGUUCUUAGCUUAGAACAUGCAAUUGUAUUCAGCUUCACUGAACAGAUAUUCCUCUUGGCUGGUGAUAUACUUAUCAGCUUUCUUGUCGCUAUUAUAUUACACACCUUUAUAGAAGUCCCGUUUUACAAGCUAGCCAACCAUAUUAUUGAUGGUAACUAUAGGAAACGAAAGCCAAAGCAACGUUAACAACUUUGAAAACUAGUAUACUGUUAGCUUUUAAAGAUUCACGUUAAUGUAAAAUUUAAUUUGUUAUUAGAUUUUUAUGAACAAUCAUUGAUGCAUUUAUGAAAAGUUUAUCAGAAAUCCAAAUAAGUUUACCUCAAAGUUGUGCUGAAAGAUAAUGAUUUUAAGAUUAAUCUGCAAUCAUUUAUGUAAAGUUUAAACUAUUAAUUGUGCUAGAAUUGAUUAAGUAAAUAUUUACCUAAUUAAUGUAUGAAUAACUACAAAAAUCCUUCUUUGAUAAGCAUUCUGUGGUUAAACAUUUUUCGUCAUACUGCAGCAAAUACAAAACAUGUCCGUUUUUAAUACAUGCAUUUGGGUCCAAAUUAGAAUGUUUACUCCUUGUGGAGUAAAAAACCAUUUUAGUUUCCUAGGGAGUUAAAGUAGGCUGUUGUAAACUGUUGUAAAUUUGUAAAAGUAAAUAAAAUUUACAACAAUUGUUUAUGAGCAAUUGCAUGAAUCAAAAUUAUUUAUAGAUUGGUUUAUUAGGUUAGGUCUUAGCUUUUAGUGUUGCAUUCUUUUCAAAAGUUUGACAUAUCAAUGGUGUUGCACCACAACCACAAUAGGCGGAAUGAUUGAAUCACUUACUUAACAGCUGCUUGUUUCCAUUAGCAAAUUAAAGAGAAAACAAACUAGAAGAGUUUUGAGAGGUUAUCUUUAAAUGAAAAUUAUUUCAGUUUUGUAACAUGGUUUGCUCAAAUAAUUCGUGCAAUAUGACAAAAACUAUAGUUCAUCGCACAGGUAAAAAGUGUCUUUUCAACCCUCAUUUAUUUUCCGACCUCGGCUUCGCCUCAGUCGUGUAACUUGAGCUCAGGUUGAAGAGUCACUUUACGCCCUAGUGAUGAAAUAUACUAUUUUGGAACAAUUUAAGUAAAAUCUUUACCAAAAGAGACAAGCUUUUGCCGGAUUUGUCUAUUUGUCGUUUGCAUUCAUUUUUACAAAUCUGCGUUAUAUUAGAAAUUGUUUGGACUGUUUGGAGAUAAUACAAUUAUAAAGUUGGUUA